GUGCCCGUCAGCGCGCGCAGCGCGGCGCGGAGCUCUGGGAGGCCAUUGUGGCUGGGGCAGCGCCGCGCGGCGACGCGGAGGAGGAGGAGGCGGUGGCUGCGCAUCGUCCCGCCGAGCGAAGGAGGAGACGGCCUCUAAGAGGAAAUAUCAAGUAAGCGUACUGCCUAAAUUGCUGCCAGAUAUGACCAAGUUGAAUGUCUACUGCUUAAAAUGCUGCUGAAAUUUUGAGAAACUAGAAGAUCUUGAAAACUUUUAUCAGGUGGUCGAGAGAGAAAACUACAUGACACUACACCAUGAGUGACAGUAAAUGUGAUAGUCAGUUUUACAGCGUUCAAGUUGCAGAUUCAACAUUCACUGUACUAAAACGUUACCAGCAAUUGAAGCCCAUAGGAUCAGGGGCACAGGGCAUUGUUUGUGCUGCAUUUGAUACAGUCCUUGGAAUCAAUGUUGCUGUAAAGAAGCUGAGUCGUCCUUUUCAGAAUCAAACCCACGCAAAAAGAGCUUACAGAGAGCUUGUUCUUUUAAAAUGUGUCAAUCACAAAAAUAUAAUUAGUUUAUUAAAUGUAUUUACACCGCAGAAGUCACUAGAAGAAUUUCAGGAUGUAUAUUUGGUUAUGGAGCUGAUGGAUGCCAAUUUGUGCCAGGUUAUUCAUAUGGAAUUGGAUCAUGAAAGAAUGUCUUAUCUUCUUUACCAAAUGCUAUGUGGUAUAAAACAUCUUCACUCGGCUGGUAUCAUCCACAGAGAUUUGAAACCCAGCAACAUAGUAGUAAAAUCAGAUUGUACGCUCAAAAUCCUUGAUUUUGGACUGGCAAGAACAGCAUGUACUAACUUUAUGAUGACUCCGUAUGUAGUAACACGGUAUUACAGAGCACCAGAGGUUAUACUUGGAAUGGGAUAUAAAGAGAAUGUUGAUAUCUGGUCAGUUGGGUGCAUCAUGGGAGAAUUGGUGAAAGGUUGUGUGAUAUUCCAAGGCACUGAUCAUAUUGAUCAAUGGAAUAAAGUUAUUGAACAAUUAGGAACACCAUCAGCAGACUUCAUGAAGAAACUACAGCCUACCGUGAGGAAUUAUGUAGAAAACAGGCCGAAGUAUCCUGGUAUUAAAUUUGAAGAGCUCUUCCCAGACUGGAUAUUUCCAUCGGAAUCUGAUCGUGACAAGUUAAAAACCAGUCAAGCUAGAGAUUUAUUAUCAAAGAUGCUUGUAGUAGAUCCAGACAAGAGAAUUUCUGUAGAUGAGGCCUUACGUCAUCCUUAUAUUACUGUCUGGUAUGAUCCAGCUGAAGCAGAAGCUCCUCCGCCUCAAAUCUAUGAUGCACAAUUGGAAGAAAGAGAACAUGCAAUUGAAGAAUGGAAAGAAUUAAUAUACAAAGAAGUAAUGGAUUGGGAAGAAAGAAGCAAGAAUGGUGUGGUAAAAGAUCAGCCCUCAGCACAGAUGCAGCAGUGAAUAGCAACACCAGUCCUUCCCAGUCAUCAUCUAUCAAUGACAUUUCAUCCAUGUCAACAGAGCAAACAUUGGCCUCAGAUACAGACAGCAGCCUCGAUGCCUUGACAGGACCCCUUGAAGGAUGUCGAUGAUCAGCCAGGAUUGCAGACUCGACUUUGGAAAAGAACUCUUGCUUCCAUUGGGCCUGAAUUGCUUGUAAGUCAAUGGAACCAAGUAGGAAAACUCCAUGUUCUGCAUGUUCUGCUAAAGUAAUGCCUGUAUUUUUACUCAGUUGUUAUGAAAUUGCCUGCUUAGUGUUGUAGAAUGAAAGCAAAUCAAUGUCUAAAGAACAAAAAAUAUUAAAUUUAGACAAUAUAAUAGGCUUUUCUGUUUCAGCCUAUUUCAGGUGAGCAGUUUAUUAAUAGACUUUUAGCCAAUAACUCUUCUUUAAGUGGGUUCAUGAAUCUUCAGUCCCAACUGACAGGCUUCUGUGACACAAUGGUUGUUUACAUUUUAGUACAGUAUUGCUCAUUAGUAGGUUUUUUGAAUGUAUAGUCUCUAUGAAGUUUGUUUUAAUGUGUGACUGUGGCUGUUUGCUUUAUUUAACAACUGGAGUGUUGUAUGUAAGUGCGCACUCGCACAUUGGACACUCUCAGGACUAUGUUUAAAGGGUAGUUAUUCAUAAACAUAGCACCUUUUUUUAUUGAGCCCUUUCUAUCUUCACUUGCCAAUGUUUCUGUCUACCUUGCAGAACAGAUAAACGUGAGGUUUAAAGAAUAUAGCCAUUGCUUUCUAUGUCACCUAGGAGUAUGUCUCUAACUUUUUCACUCUUUAAAAUCUGAAUGGAAGAUACAGUGGCUUAUUUAAAUCUUAAAGAAAGGAUGAGUGACUUAGAUGUGAAGCAGUGCCUGUUUAGAAGAGGAGAGUGUGCUGAAAUAUAUUUUGUAGCUUGUAAUACUGGUCCUUUAACAAAAACAAACAGAAAAGGAAAUGUGAUGCUCUUUGUUCCCUGAAAACUGAUGAAUUGGAGAGUCCCGAAAAAGCUGCAUAAAUGUUUUCCAUUUUUUUAAUGGGUCCAUUCUAUCUAGUGAGUAAUAAAAAACAUAAAAAUAGAGAAGUUUUGAGUCACUUGUAAAUUAAGUAUUUAGUCAGCAGAACUCAGCUCUAUUCUCACAUUAGGAAAACAUCUCUAUUUGUCCUGGGGGAAGAAAGUAUACUUAAUACAUAUUUUCUAAUUACAGUGUCAGAGAAGAGGAGAUUAUUUGCCGUUUCAAUACAGGUUUAUCAAUACAGCUUUCAGAAUUGGAUAAUAUGGACAUUACCAGUUACAUUGCACAGUAUGUUGAAUUGGAAAACACAUUUGCAGCAGAGUAGGGCUUAAAUUGCUUUAUAUGACACAUUGUGAACCUAUGCAUGUUCAUUUUGUAGUGCACUGGUAUGAAAUUUUGCUAAAGGAUCUUGUGUGUGUGCAUGCGUGUGAGAUUAAACUAUAUAAUAGAGAUGUACAAGAUAAGGUAAAACACCACUUUCUUAAAGGCACUAUAUUUAGCUGUUAAUCCAGAUAGUCUUGACUUGAAUAUAUUAAUAGAACUUAGACUGGCCCAACCAGCCAUUGCAUUACUGACAUUUUUCUUUUGUAAAAAAAGACCUGUCCGUUAUUUCUGACCUUAAAAUUUGAAAAGCAGCAUUUUCUCUUUAUGCAAACAUAGUUUUUAUAUUAAAAUUGUGCCUCUUUUUAAUAGCUUUAUUUGUGGUAGCAAAAAUAUUCAGGUUUUAUUGUCCCAGACAAUUUAAAUAAAUUUAAAAAAGCACUUACUACACUGUUAAUUUCAGGAUUGUCAUUUGGAAUCUUACAUUUUUAGAAAUGUUUAGUUGAAUUGCAAGAUAUUGGGACUCAAGGUUCUUCGUGUUUGGUUUUAAACCUAUGGCUACCUUAAUUUAUCUUUGAAAACUGAAAGUAUAUAUGAAAUAGUUUUAGUGCAUUUUUGUCACUGGAAAAAAAACGCUUUAAAAUGCCUACUUACCGUACAGUGGAACAGUACAGGUUGCUGUUCUUCGGUGUUUUCUAAAUCUUGGUUAUUUGUGUAAGCUUAAAUUACUGAAGAUACCUAUUCAAAAUGAAUAUUAGUGGUUCACUAUGCAAGUAUUCACCUAGAUUUCAUUUUUCAAUUCUUUUAUCUUUUUCAACUGAAUUUGCACUGUGCUGUAUUCAUUUUAACAUUUAUUACUUUAGAAGACUUCAUGCAACUAAAUUUUUUUUCCAAUGUGUUUUGGACAUUCAGAGUUGAAUUUUUCCUGUUGGACUUGGGCUGCUCAGAACAACGGGGGGCUGGACCAGAUGACCUCCAAGUCUCUUGCAACCUAAAUUAUGUGAUUCAAAUUGUCUUUUAAUGUUCUUUUUUUAACACAACUGCCCUAUCUCCAUGAUUUGAACUGCUAUCUGACCUUCUCCUAGUAUGUACUGUUAGCAUGAACAUGUGCUCUUGGACAAAGAAACCCCUGAGAUUAACUGAGCUUAUUUGUAAAUCUUAUUGUAGGAAAAACUGUCUCAUACCUUAUUUUUUUUAUGUCUUCUUGCUGUGGCACACAUUGAAGCUUCAGAACGUUACAGAAAUGUUGCUGCUUUCAGAGCAUGCAUGAAAUGUCUGUGAAUAUUGUGGAUUUUGAUUCCAGUAUAACUCAAAACUAGAUUGCUGUUAACCUGACGGGACAUGGAUCUCAAGGAGGCUCUUAUGCAGAUUCUAUUCGGCUAAAUGCAUGCAGAACAGAUGCAUGCCAGAGUUCCCGUGCUGUGUUUCAGUGUGCACAUAUAGGCUGUAAAUGCCCUGCAUGCGGAUUAUAUAGAUAAAGCUGUAUUCCUGACUGCAGGUGAAGUUCAGUGCCACAUUUGUGAAGUGGUCAUCAAUGCUGUAAGAACAUCAUCAUUGAUGGAAAACAAAAUGCACAUGUAAUGUGACAGGGGUUUAAAAGUUUAGAGAGGUUGGUGUGCAAUAUAAUCACUUUUAUUCCUAAUACUAAAACCAUGUGUGUGAUGCAAUUGACCAUUUUUUUGCACUUUGGCAUUUAUAAAUAUUUAUAUGUAUUUAAAGAUUAAGAAUAUGUGUGUAUGCAUAUACCUAUAUAUUAAAAGAUCUGCUCAGUUUUGUAAACACGAAUGUUACUUUUUCUUUAUGGGAGGCUUUGUAUAGUGUUAACACUACUGCAGUAUACAAAACAGUUUAUGAUAUAUGACUAAGAAUAAGUGGGGAUCACCAGAGAUACAAUCUAUAAUCUUAACUGCUCACCUGAAAAAGAGAGAUCUGCGGCUGUCAAUCAGAUUAUUUACCAGAAACGUUAUGUUGCAUCUAUGAACACUGAGUAGCUGAAAGGCAUUGCAGAAAUGGAGUAUGUUUUAAACAGUUCAUUUUCAUCUGUGCUUAUAUCAUUUUUCUUCAAAUCUUGGAAAGAGAAGCUUGGUGUUAUGAAAUCUGGAUAAGCAGUCUGUAAGUGUGCUUUGAGGAAAUACCAUGAUAUGACAGGUCAAGGUUUUUAUUGACAAAGAUGAGAAGUGAAUGUCAAAAUUAAGGCUUUGUCUGCAUGGAUCAUACAAAAUAAACUAGUCUAAUGACUGGAAACCUACUGUUUGCCAACAGCCUUUCAAGUUUUGCAAUGUUUUCGGUAAGGGUUUGCAUUUCCUGGUCAAAAUAAUGGAAAAAUAAACUCAGAUUUAACUAGAAAUUAACUAGUUGGUUGUUAGGUUUCAAAACCUGUUGUGAACCAGAGGGCUCUUGAGGUUUUCUGUCUUUUAUAACAGAGCAUGUGUGUCUAUUCAAAUUCAGUUUUAAAAAAGAAGUUAUUCCAUAUGUUUAAUUUCUUUCCUAAAGGAAGGGCCUUAAGUGCUAAAUCAGUUUCCUUUUUAGAUCUGAUUGCAUUUGGCUUAAAAUUGUUUUAUAAAUGAAGCAAGAUUUGGACAUCAAAAGGGCAGCUGACUUACCCGAGUCACCAAGAACUGAGUGGAUGACCCUUGUGGCAGGAGUUCAGUCCUCUGGUUCAAUGCGUGCUGGAAGUUCAGGUGUUAAAAGUGCAGACAAAUCUUUACUGAACAUGAUGCUGUGUUGGAGUAUGAGUUCAGUCUUGCAGCAAUACAGUUCCUGUGGAUUGUUUCAUUUGAACUGUGGCGCUUGAAAUGGAAGUACUUUAAAUGUGGGGGGGUAAAUGCUAAACAGCCUUUGUCUGUAUAGUCUACAUAUGUCAUGUGGAUUCUAUCAGGGCUUGAUGCUAAACUUAGUGAUACCGUAUACUGGGAACCAAAUUCUUUCCUGGGUUGUUCAUUGUGUUAUUCCUGCUCAAAACUGGUUUUGAUCCAGGGACACCUGCACCCAGGUGCAGAAUUUGGACUUGAGUUCCUAUAGAUUAAUCUAGUGAUUUUUUUGAUUUUUCCAGAGUGUCUUUGAUUAUUUUUAUUUUAACAAGUUGAAAUAUGACAGAAAAAGUGUAUUCUGGCUCAUUAUUUUACAUAUAUUUUAGAUUGUCUUAUUACAUGAGUGGUAGUGAUGUUCUAAAAGCUUAUUACACAACUUAUCAAAUCAGUUUUAUUUUUUGCCCGCUCUGCAUGCUAAAAAUGUCUGGAGCUAAACUAAUGUUUGAAGUAACCAUCUUUUCUCAUACUUAGAGGAAAGCGGAGAGAAAACUAUUGUUUCUGUUUCUGUUCUAUAAAAUAACUAUUUUUGUAUCUAAAAUUUUAGUUGUUGGAUUUCAAUCCCACAGUGUUUCUUUGUGGAUAGACAUUUUCCUGGGUCCGCUAUUUCAAACAGUAUAACAAGUCCAUUAAAAAAAUCAAACUAAUAAAAUGCACUCUUCUACAAUUUAUUUAAAAUAUGACAAAUUAUUUUGGUCCAAGAAUUCAAAACAAAAAUAGAGAAAAUACCUUUCAUUGUUUUAACAUUUAAUUCCAUGAUACUGCUGCUUAUUUUUUGAAAAGGUGCUUGCAGUUUUGCACAAAAGAAAUCAACUUUAUUAUUAAUUGCUGGGUUUGAAGCACUUUAGGAUUCUUCUAAAUACAACCGAUAUGUGUGUAAAAAGGCAUAAAAAAUGUUUAAUGUGUUUAAAUUUUGUUUGCAAUCUUUGCUAUUCUGAUAGUUUUUAUCAGCAUGUUCCUUUAUAAACCUGUUCUCAGAGAUUUGAAUUGAGAAAUUUUUUUAUGGGCUGAAAUUUAACACAUAGUUAAAUCAUUUGAGAAACAUCUUAUACUCAAAUGCCUGUAGGGUGACUUAAAUAGCAAUGUUGCUCCCUAGCCACCUAUUAGAUAACGAUAAAACGUUUGUUCCUGUAGUGAGGUCAGCUGGCCGUGAGCGUUAGGAUUCGUUCUCUGAACCAAAAAACUUUUUCUUAACAUUUGGCUAUGCAUCGUCAGGUGUGUGAUGCUGUGGUAAGGCCAGAACGGCUGCUUGUUGGGACUCCACUGACGUAGGUGCUCCGAUUACCUGAAGAGGACAUUGUCCCUGCUCUAAAACACCAGUCUGAAACCCUUGAUACUUUAGGGGGGAAUUGCAGUAAGAACACAGACCAGGUUGGAUGGGCCCUGGGCAGCCUGAUCUGGUGUGACGUGUCCCUGCCCACGGCAGGGGGGGUUGGAACUCGAUGAACUUUAAGAUCUCUUCCAACUCAAAAGUGUUCUGUGAUUCUGUGUGCGUCUGUCUCCCGUGCUGGGUCAUUAGUGCCGCAGUCCAUGGUCUCUUAGGAGAGCCAAAGCAGAGGAGAAAGUAGCUGGGGAAGAACAACAUUUUGUGUUCACUACCUGAAACAGUAGUCAUAUUUGUUACUGAUAACAAAACUAAUUUAAUAUCCGUGAACAUAUGCUAUCGUAUUGUCUUCGAAUGGGGAAAAACUUUUUUGAAAACCAAGCGUGUCACUAGCUUUUCUAUGAAUUCUGAUGCUUAAUUGGUGCUAAUUUUUUAAAAGAAAACAUAACAGAUGGUUAGCAGUGAUUUGUCUGGCUUUGAUACUUAUAUUUUCUUAAAUGGGGGCAAGCGAAACUUUAUAAAAUGAUUAAUGUGCAUUUUCAGCUUCAUCAGAUUCCCAGAUUUUCCUGAAGUAAAAUGUUAAAACUUCCUUGGUAGUUACUGCUGCUUUGGACCUAUUUCUUUCUUGUAUUAGACACUAAUAAAGUGAACAGAAAAGUCAGCAAUACAUAACUGUCCCUUUCUUUAAAUUAAAUGACAUGUUGCGUUCCAGGGAUGGUUUUAGCAGUUUAGUGCAAUCCAGAUACCAAAUUAGUUAAGAGUACAUCAUAUACCUGUGUGCAGUUAACUCAGUACAGUGAAGCCUUACCUGAUCACAAGGAAAACUUGUGAAGAUUAUUUGAAUUGUCAUCUAUUUUAAAGAGGAAAUAACAAAUAGAGUUAAUUUACUGUUUUAGUACUAAUUGAAAUGUUGAUUCCAGAGACUAUGUUCUAUAGUGUACUCCAGAUCAUAUGCUAUGAAAGAGUAUAGUAGGCUCCUUGAGAAAUAAAUGAUGAAAACCAGUUUUAUCUCACGACUCAAAAUAACACACCCCAAACUCAGUUCUUUUGAGAAUUUGUUUUGAAAUGCCUUCGAGUUUUAACUCCUUUCAGAAUGCUUUCUGUCUUGUUUUGUCCCUCGUUCCCACAAAAGAUGUCACAAAAAGUAGCAUCAAGCCCUAUCACUUGUUACCAUGUUCUGAUUUUUAUGGCCUUAAUAUCAGUUAAAGUAUGGUAUAUAAUUUCAGAAGAAAGAUGUGCUUUGAAGUCUAAUUAUAGAGAUACAUGUGGCCUCUUCUGCCUAUGAAAUUAGGCUUUGAUUGUCAUAUCUCAUUCUUGAUGCUUGUGCAAUAGGAACAUGUUCCUUUUGAUGCAGUGGCUAUUUUGUCUGAUGCUGGACUUUUGUUUUCAGGAUGACUAAAAAGCUUUUCAGCUUUUUUUUAUGGACAGCAGUAAUGUUUCCUUGUUUUUUUGGAUUGAUUUUCUUUAAGGAAACUAGAAUUUCAUGAGGAAAAUUGUCAAUAACUAGUUCUGAAGUGCUAGCGAAAUCCUCGUUCUGAAGGUUUUUUGGUUUAUUUCUUGACAAACCUUAUCGUAAAACAGUACUAAAGCCACUGUAAAAUU